UGUCCUCCUGUCAGAAUACGCCCGCUAUUUUAAUAUUCCCGGAAGUGGGGUUCUUUUUGAAAGGAGGCACACCUUGUCCCUGCUGCCCCAGGCCUGGGCUUUCCAGAGACGGGGUUAAGAGAUGUCAGCGGGAGGGUGUUGCCGGGCCAAGGGGGCGCUUCAGCCCUGCAGGAGGAGGUGAAAAAUGGGCUCGCGGCUGCUCUCCAUGCCAGCCGUUUGCAAGGCUGCCUUGCUUGCCCUGAGCCCCGCUGGGCCCCCCUGGAUCUGGGUCUCCGAGAAAGAAAAAUGAAAUUCAGCCCCAGCCUGAGAAGGAUGAGCAGGGGGUGUACAGUACAUACCUUUGCAAUCAGCAUUGUUGUUGUUUUUUGGUUUCCCUUUACAAAACCCAGCCUUCCGGCCACCUCAGUAUCUAUCAGACCAACCAGGCAGGAUGGAUUCUUCCUCCCAGUGCUAGUUUUCCAUUGUCCAGAUCCCCCUCCGGCCUUUCCACCCGGACGACAGUCUCUGGCGUGACACGAUGGAGGGGCUUCCCGGAGCUGCCCAAACUCUCUCCGGCUGCCCAGGGACCCUCGGCUCGGACUCUGCCCUUCUGCCGGUGCCACCCAAGGAACCAGGGAGUGGCCGGGAUUGGGUGGCUGCGGAAACAGGGCGUUGGGAGGCGAGGAAGAAAGAAUGCGGCUGGUGAGGCUCACAGGAGGGUGUGUCGAAUUUAUAACGCAGAUCCGAACGGGUGCUGGACAGCUUUCCCUGCUGGGGCCGAGAGAGGAUGGCGGAGGGCUCCAAGCUCCAGCUGUUUGUCAAGGCCAGCGCUGACGGGGAGAACAUAGGGCACUGCCCCUUCUGCCAGCGCCUUUUCAUGGUCCUGCUGCUCAAGGGGGUCCCCUUCACACUGACCACAGUGGACACCAAGAGGUCCCUGGACGUCCUGAAAGAUUUCGCCCCAGGAGCCCAGCUGCCUGUCCUGCUUUACGACGGGGAUCCCAAAACAGACACCAUCAAGGUUGAAGAGUUUCUGGAGGAGACCCUUCCCCCCCCUGAGUUCCCCAGCCUGGCACCCAAGUACCAGCAGUCCAUCUUGGCCGGGAAUGACAUCUUCCACAGGUUCUCUGCCUACAUCAAGAACCCGAUACCAGCUCAGGACAAAACUUUGCUCCAUGCCCUUCUCAAAGGCUUCCAUAAGCUGGACCAGUACCUGAGCACCCCUCUGGACUACGAGCUGGUGCGGGACCCCCAGCUGAUCAUCUCCCGCCGGCGGUUCCUGGAUGGGGACCAGAUGACCCUGGCCGACUGCAACCUGCUCCCCAAGCUCAACAUAGUUAAUGUUGUGUGCCAGCACUACCGCCAGGUGAGCAUCCCCAGAGAGCUGCGGGGCAUCAGGCGCUACCUGGAGUCUGCUGCCGAGACCAAGGAGUUCCAGUACACCUGUCCAAACCCCCAGGAGAUCAUCCAGGCCUACCACGGCGUGGUCAGGCAGCCCCAGUAGCCCCCUGGCUAAAGUCGGGGUUGGCUAGCUCUGCCUGGCCCCCACGACGCCCCCUCCUUCUCUCUCAGAGUCACUCAGAGGGGAAGGAAGCAGGGCAGGUCCAGAUCAGUGGGACCUCCGUGGGCACGGUCUUCAGGCGGGUCCAGCAUCGCCAUCUUCCCUCCCGCCAAGGCAGUGGGUGUCACGCGAUGUGGUCAGGCCCUGGAGCCCUUGGGCAGUGCUGGCAGUGCCCAUGUGCUGUGGUGGUCCCUCUUCUCUGGAGGGCUCUGCUCACUUCCUCUUGACCAGAUUCAGCCCGGAAGAUUUGAGGGAGGAGAGUCAGCUCCCUUCACCCCUGCAAAGCUGGCUUUAAGGCCUUGAAGUGGGGCUGGGGGCUUCUUAGGAAGCUUUGCUGAGACUGUGAGACCCUCGCUGGAGCAACUCUGCACACGAUCUGGCUCUUGGGGGGUGGUGUCACAGCAUGUCUGCAUUUCCACAUUCUCUCUUCAUCCAUGGCUCUUUUUAAAUACCAUAUCCACCCCCCAAUGUCCAAUGCUUUAAAUGUCUUUCCCCAAAAUUAAAUAGAUGCUAAUAUACCAAUAGAGAA